AUGGGCCUCAACAUCUCCCAGGAUACCCUUCCUCACAUUCGACUGCGGCCCUUUCGUAAUCAAGUUGGUGGUCACAGCGCCAUCUACAAUUUUACGAAACGCUGUAUGGAAGCUUAUGAGCAACAGAUUGAAGAUCUUCGGGGACAGGAACAAUUUUAUCACGAGGUGGGUCUGUUCGACAUGGACGUCGAAGGUAGUCUGCCGCCACUGAGAAGUCACAAGUGGGCAAAUUUAACUAGCUCUGAGUUAGAUACAACUGAAUUACCACCUUCUCUCCGGAAGCGUAGCCGGUAUAGAUCAUUAGAUGAGCGCCCUCAUCGAAUGACGUUGACUUCUCCGAUUAGGAUUCCUCCGCUCAAGGAGCCAGAACUCUCCACGAACGAUCAUGAUUUGGAUUCAGAGUUCUCUCGACAAAAUCAUUUCAUCCUCAUGGAAGAUCUAACUGGACGGCUAAAGCAUCCGUGUGUGAUGGAUCUGAAGAUGGGAAUCCGCCAGCACGGCAUGGAUGCAACGCCCGUGAACAAGAAGAGUCAGCGAAAGAAAUGCGAUCGUACAAUGAGUAGGUCCCUGGGUGUAAGGAUUUGUGGUAUGCAGGUUUGGAAUAUCAAGAGCCCGACUUACAUCACUCAAGAUAAAUACAUCGAUCGCGAAAUCCGUCCGGAAGACUUUCCUGCAAAGCUCGCAUCUUUUCUACAUAAUGGAGAUCGCCUUCUUGCCUAUCAGAUCCCUACGCUACUGCAGAAGCUAUAUGGACUUGCUCGUAUUAUCUCUCGUUUGAAAGGAUAUCGAUCACACAGCGGAGAACUCUUGUUGGGUCCGAUGCAGAAAGGUUCCAUUGACAAGGAUAGGCGCAAGAGAGGAUUCAUUGACGUUCGCCUUGUUGACUUUGCUCAUACCACCACCGGUCGAGACUGGUUGCCAUAUCCGGAGGACUUUGACAAACACCUGCCGCAUGAAGUAACAACAAGCUCUCAAGGAUAUAAUGCUGAUAUUGAUCCGGAAACUGGACUCAUAUACGCUCGUUUUCCCCCUCGUUAUCUCGAGGACGCUGUCAUGGGCUUUAUAUGGGACUUGAAGAACCUGACGCUGGUCCUCGAACAGAUGUGGAACGACGAGAGGAAGCUGAGGUUCAAGCUUCUUCGUGAGAAUCCAGAUUGCGGUGUCAAAAAGUUGCCUGCGCUUCCUACUAUAGCAUCGCCCCACGAAAAGCCCCCCCUAUCGGUCCUCGAAAGGCCCUAA